UUUUCCUCUCAACUUUGCGUUCUUCGAGUUGAGAGAUCAGUCCUGCAGUCAAACCACGGGAACGAAAGAGAUGAAGGCUCCGGGGGUUUAUGUUUCGGCUAUGAUUUUUUUAGUCUUGAUGGAUUGGACGAGCGCAGUUCCAGGCAACUCCACCGUGCCGAAGAAGGGGCACUGCCCGCGGCGCUUGAAUGUGGUUCCGUCAAAACGGGCCUGCGUCUGUGACGACGACUGUCCCGGGCCGGACAAAUGCUGCGUUUUCGACUGUGGGGCUGUUUGCGUGCCACCUGCUUUUACCAAGCCCGGGGUGUGUCCUCGCAGACGCAGAGGCUCAGGGAUGUGCGCAGAGUUCUGUGCCAAUGACAGUGACUGCCCCAACGAUGAGAAGUGCUGCCACAACGGGUGUGGCCAUGCCUGCAUCGCUCCAUACACAGUGAAGCCGGGGCGCUGUGCUCAUCCCAAGGGGACCCCAAUGUGCGCAGAGUUCUGUUACCAUGACGGCCAAUGUCCAGGGGAGCAGAAGUGCUGCCGGACCACCUGUGGCCACGCCUGCAGCGAGCCCUGUUGAUUGGUUGGGAGGACUGGAGGGCGGGGAGUAGGGACAGCGCAAUAUAGACAGCCUCCUCACUCAUACUUGAAUCUCUCAUUUUUUAAUCCCCAUUGUAUACCGUUAAUGGGAGUAUUACUAUAUAUUUUAUAAUUCUUUGUCACAACCAAUAAAAAUGACCUGGUUGUCCACA